AAUAGGAUGAAAUGAUCAUUUGAAAGUACUCCAUGUUUUGCUAGGUAAAUCUAAUGUAACUAUAUUUGUACUGAUAUGCAGUGCAUUUUUUUUAUUUAAUUGGUUAUAAAAGUUCGGCCAAUUUGAUUCUUCUUUCACUUGAGUGGUCAAACCGGACGAAUCACCGGGACAAAGAUAGUGUUUUUAUAGCACCAUAUACAGUGCCUUAGGGUAGAGUGGUGACAGGUGUAUCCGACCCACGCCCGAAGAGCUGGAGGAUUUCGGUACUCCAGACUUCACUAUAUACAACGCCGGUCAGUUCCCAUGUAACCGUUACACCCACUACAUGACAUCCUCCACAAGCAUAGACCUCAAUCUAUCGAGGCGCGAAAUGGUCAUCCUCGGCACACAGUAUGCCGGGGAAAUGAAGAAAGGCUUGUUUGGCGUAAUGCACUAUUUGAUGCCCAACCGCGGCAUCCUCUCGUUACACUCUGGCUGCAAUAUGGGAAAACAAGGAGAUGUCGCCCUCUUCUUUGGAUUAUCGGGCACCGGAAAGACAACCUUGUCUACGGAUCACAAUAGGUACCUCAUCGGAGAUGACGAACAUUGUUGGAGUGAUGAAGGUGUGUCAAAUAUUGAGGGAGGCUGUUAUGCCAAAUGCAUUGACCUCUCAAAGGACAAAGAACCUGAUAUAUGGAAUGCUAUAAAGUUUGGCACUGUCUUGGAGAAUGUGGUUUUCGAAGAACAUACGCGAGAAGUGGAUUAUUCUGAUAAAUCUGUAACAGAGAACACUCGGGCUGCGUAUCCAAUCGAAUACAUUCCAAACGCAAAGAUCCCGUGCGUGGGCCCUCACCCAAAAAACGUCAUUCUUUUGGCUUGUGACGCGUUUGGCGUGCUCCCACCUGUGAGCAAAUUGAGUUUGGCUCAAACAAUGUACCACUUCAUUAGUGGCUACACGGCAUUGGUGGCUGGGACCGAGGUCGGUAUAAAAGAGCCGACUGCAACAUUUUCAGCAUGCUUUGGUGCAGCAUUCAUAAUGUUCCAUCCAACCAAAUACGCCGCGAUGCUCUCUGAGAAAAUGCAGAAACAUGACGCGACUGGAUGGCUAGUCAAUACCGGUUGGUCUGCUGGAAGCUACGGAACGGGUAGGCGCAUAAAGUUGGCACACACUAGGAAGAUCAUCGACGCGAUUCACUCGGGGGAACUUCUAGAAGCGAAGUACGCGAAGACGGAGGUUUUUGGGCUUGAGAUCCCAACAACGAUAGAGGGUGUGCCUUCUGAAAUCUUGAACCCCAUCAACACUUGGGCAGACAAGGAUGCCUACAAUGCAACCCUGUUGAAGUUAGGUGGGCUGUUCAAGAAAAACUUUGAGGGGUUCUUGAACUACAAAAUUGGGCCAGACAAUAGCCUGACUGAAGAGAUUUUGGCAGCCGGCCCAAAUUUCUGAGUGCUAUAUGAGCCGGCCCACAGGUUGCAAUGGAUGAUGACGAAAUACACGACCAAUAAAUAAAUUUGUACAUGACUAUGUAUGAACAUACACAUUGAUGAAAUAAGAGUAAAUAGAUCAAAUGAAAUGCUUGACUUAUGUGGUA